GGCGGCCUCCCAGAUUGCCCGCCCUCAGGGUGUGAGGAGGCCGCAGGGACGUCCCCUCUAUUUGCAUAGCUCCCGGGACGUGGCGCGCCGCGGCUAGGCCACUUCCGCGUCGGAGGGAACUCCAAAUCCCGUGGUGCCUUGGGGGUAUGCGCGUCACUUCCGUGGUGUUGGAAGUUGCGGAGAAUCGGGUCUUGGGGCUGGUGCAAUUUCAGAGCGACAGGUCCGGGCUUGCGGAUAGGUCUCUCUGCUCUGUACAUCUUUCCCGUUGUUAUCCGGCGUUGAGUGAAUGGGAGGCAGAGGAUUUCCUGAGUUCCGUGCUGAGUCCCCCAGCAUCGUUGAACGUCCUUAGCUCCUCUGAUUCCUGUCUCGUGCACCAUGAUCACACCUACUCUCUCUCACAACAGCAUGUUUCCAUAGAUCUAGAUGGUGGGAGCUAUGGAAAAGAAGAGGCCCAGACGACCCCACUGCAAGUGGAGGAGCCCGCAGAGCAGGAGAUUGCUAGGCUGAUACUGACAGAUGAAGAGAAGAGGCUGUUGGAGAAGGAGGGGCUUACUCUGCAUGGGACGCUUCCUCUUACUAAGAUGGAGGAACAAGUUCUGACACGAGUGCGGAGGAAGAUCCGAAACAAAAAAUCUGCCCAGGAGAGCCGCAGGAAGAAGAAGGUGUAUUUGGGAGGUUUAGAGAACAGGGUCUUGAAAUAUACAGCCCAGAACCUGGAGCUACAGAACAAAGUACAGCUCCUGGAAGAACAGAAUUUGUCCCUUCUGGACCAGCUGAGGAGACUCCAGGCCAUGUUGAUUCAGAUAUCAAACAAAACGAGCAGCAGCAGCACCUGUGUCUUGGUCCUACUGUUCUCCUUCUGUCUGCUCAUUGUACCUGCUAUGUACUCCUCUGACACAAGGGGGAGCCUGCCAGCUGAGCAUGGAGUGUUGUCCCGCCAGCUUCGUGCCCUCCCCAGUGAAGACCCCCACCAGCUGGAGCUGCCUGCCCUGCAGUCAGAGGUACCAAAGGACAGCUCAGACCAGGAGCUCCAGGCCCCUGGCAACUCUUGCAGCCCGCUCUACCACCUGCCUCAGGCUCCUGGUGCUGAGUCUCCCUUGAAAUUGCCACUUCCUGUCCCUUCCUCAAAGUCCCCCUGUUCCUGUCCCCUCCUUCCCCUGCAUGCAAAUUUCACAAGAGAUGGAGGAUGGCUCCUUACACACAGCCCCACAUCUGUUAUCUUACAGGGCAGAUAUUCAGGCUAGAUGUCCAGGUGGGGGGUGCGAAGCCAGAGCCCGGGGUUCCUAGUCUGUGUCCAAGUGAAAGGAGUGGGAGAGGGCUAACCUGUGAGCUCCUGUGUCAGGAAGCCUGAGAGUUCAAACACACCACACUUAACUGGCUUUCUGGGUCUUUUAUUUGUACCCAUGUAAGUCUACCACCCCAUGAAUGGGCCUGGGGGAAUUCAACUGACCUCCUUGAACAUUUCAUGCAAUGGGGGGAUUGGGUAUAGAGAGAAAUAAAUAAGUGAUUCUGA